AACACUGCUGGCUAUCCGUAUCUCAUUCAGCGCAAUACCAUCGUAGCCGUUCGUAUUGGCGAAUCACUUUGAACUGUGGAAGAUUGUUAGUCUAGCAUCACGCGACGAAUCAAGCGUCGAAGAUAAGAUAAACAAUGGCAUCGCAUGUAACAGAUUUCUACAACAGUAAGAAUAUAUUUAUUACCGGCGGUACUGGUUUCGUCGGAGUCUGCUUGAUAGAGAAACUCUUGAGAUGCUGCUCUGAGGUCAGGAAUAUUUACCUGCUAAUACGUCCGAAGAAGGGAAAGUCAAUCGCGGAUAGAUUGGACGAAUUGACGAAGAAUUCGGUUUUUAAUCGACUGAAAGAGGAGAACCAAACUGAUUUAUUUAAGAAGCUGAUUGCAGUUGCCGGCGAUGUCGGCGAAGAGAAUUUAGGACUGUCCUCACAAGACCGAACAACCUUGAUAAAUACGGUACAAGUGGUUUUUCAUUCAGCCGCUACCUUGGAUUUUGAAGCUGACUUGAAGUCUACGACGAGUAUCAAUUUAUUGGGAACUCGCAGAAUUGUUCAACUCUGUCAGGAAAUCAAAGAUCUCAAGGUACUGGUGCAUGUCUCUAGUGCAUAUGUUAAUUCAAUAUUGCAAAAUGUUGACGAGAUAGUAUAUCCUGCACCAGCCGAUGUAAACACGGUUCUACAACUGGUCGAUACAUUGAGCGUUGAUGCCUUAAAUGCAAAAACACCAGAGAUAUUAAAAGACCAUGCAAAUCCUUACACGUUCACCAAACAUUUGGCUGAGCAUGAAGUAGCUAAUGGAGGAUUUCCAGCGACUAUUGUGCGUCCUUCGAUGAUCAUAGGAGCAUGGAAAGAACCGAUUCCAGGAUGGACAAUAUCAAAAAAUGGGCCGCAAGGAUUCUUAAUGGGUGCUAGUAAGGGUGUUGUGAGAAGAUUGCCAAUUGCAAAAAGUCUUAUUUACGAUUACAUUCCAGUAGACAUAGUGGUGAACAGCCUUAUUGUCUCCGCUUAUAACGUUGAUCGCGAUAGCGACAAGGGAUUGAAAGUCUACCACUGCACAUCAAGCACUUGCAAUGCUUUUAGUUGGGAGAAAGUGGAACAUGAAGUUAAUACUUAUUUACACAAGUAUCCAUUACGAAGUGCCGUUUGGUAUCCGUAUCUCAAGUUUUUACCAUCGCUCUUCUUGUUUAAACUUUCAGCCAUCUUUGUUCACUUUAUUCCUGCUUAUAUUUUGGACACAAUUACACGAUUAUGCGGAGGUCGACCGAUUCUCGUCCGUUUGCACACAAAUGUCAACAAAUCGUUAGACCGUCUUGAGAAAUUUAUAUUUCAAGAAUGGAAGUUUAAUAAUCCACGCCUACUGCAAUUGCAUGAAUCAUUAUCCCAGGAUGAUCAAAAAUUGUUUACGUUAGAUAUUAGACCACUAGUCUGGAAAGAUUAUCUUCUUGACUUGGUACAAGGUGUCAGGACGUAUCUGAAUAAGGAAUCCCCAAAAUCUUUGCCAAAAGCACGUUCUAAGGACAAAAUAUUGCUGGUCGCUCAUCUGGGUUUGCAAGCUGCUUUGUUCAGUUUGUUCUGGUGGUUGGUCAAAGUAUUAUUCGCUACGACAUGGACGAAAGCGAGUUUGGCUGUACCAAUAACAUACUUGCUUUUUGAUCAACUGUAAAUGUAAUGCUGUAUUGCAGUAUGAUUUAUCAGUAUACACACAGCAUGUUUUUGUAUACCUAAAGCAAUAUUAGUAAAAAGUAAUACUAUAUAAAAUUUAUUUCAUACACAGGGAUUUAUACAUGCAUUUAAAAUGUCAUCACAUUUGUUUUGUCAUCAGAUUGCUUUUAUUAUGUAUUCUUAUACGAACACUUUUUAAUUAUAAAUAUUUAAGCAUUUUUGUAAUUUUUGUAAUUUGUGCUAAGAAAUUGGGUGUAAAAUAUGACGAGAAUAUGUAGAGUAUUUAUAAUAUAAUAGAAUUGGCAUUUUGCGGUAUUGUAAU